AUGAGGACGGAGCACUCUAUGGCAUUCGCACCACGCGAGGUCGAUCUGAUGCGAACGGCCGAGUUUGGGCAGACAAUACCAGCGGUGCAGCUUGUGGACCAGAGGAUCGUUUAUUGGGAUCUGAACACUUUCUUUCCUACUCUUCAGCUGUUCUUCGAGUCCGGGCUGUCGUGCACCAUUAAUGGUGGUCUGCUACCAGGCGCUAUCGUUGGCCUCGAUCCUAAACUUCGGUUUCGCCUGACGGACUGUACGCACGAGGAGGAGGGACGGAUCACUAGAGGCAUGAUGCCAAAGAAGUUCGCAUACUCAACCGCCAGCAUCAGAAUCUUGGAAGCCACAGUUGCGCAACGGACAAGCAUUGCGGUACAGCCUAGAGUCUUCGCGGAUUUCCUCGGCUCGCCCAAGUUUCAGGUUACGACCAUUGUGCACGAAGUCCAUACGGUGAUUGGGUUGCGAUUGAGUGGGAUGGACGAUAUGAGUUACGUCUGGGCUAAGGUUGAAGCACCAACAAGCAUGGCCGAAAGUCGACAAUGGGGCGACGUCAGACUUGCUGGGUUGCGGACAGAUGUUCCAGCUCCUUCCUUAGGACUGACAGCUGGUAUUUCCAAGCCAGAAGGCGAGCUGACCGUGGUGGAGAAGGGCAGCAUGAUCCAGCCGCCUCUCGCAACGCCCUGCGGCCCGAGCCAGCGCGGCCAAAAGUGGAUCUAA